AUGGAUUCCAUUAGUGGAAGAGUAAAAGAAAUUAUAAGCAGUCGAUUGCAGGGGAUUGCGAAAGAAUUUAAGCGACUAACUAAUGUACCUAACGAUGCCGAGCGCCUCCGCCAUGAGAUAGAUCAUUUGAAGGGCAUAGUCGAUCAUAUUAACAGUCGGCUAAGUUGGAAAGGUCGACAGCCUUUGGCAGUGGUGAGGCAUUGGAUAAGCGCACAAGAGCAAAUCGUUAAAUCUGCUCAAGAGGUUAUUCUCCAGUACGAAGAAAAUAAGAACCGUCGCUUGUGUUGUUGCUGUCCUCACUGUUUCUUUGUCAAAAGAUCCAGUCGAAAGAUCCGUAAUGCUCUAGCGGAGAUAGAUGAGAUUCUGAAUAUGAAAGAUUCACAAUUUCCUAAGAAUGGAGACCUUGAAGAGCCUCCGGAGACGCUGGUGCAGCCCAUGGGGAAUGAACUGGUUGGCGCAUUUGUUCAGGAGAAGCUGUCGGAGCUGGAGACGUGGGUGCUGGAAGAUGACUCUGUUCGUGUCGUUGGCGUCUAUGGAAUGCCCGGCUUGGGAAAGACGGCCUUGGUCAAACAAAUCAACAACAAUGAAAAGGUACUCAACUUCUUUAAUCUUGUGAUUUGGGUCACUGUGUCCAGAGAAUCCGAUAUCUCUACUCUCCAGAGGCAUAUUUUUGAGAGAAUUGAGUUACCUUGGCGAUCCACUUUGAGAAUUGACGAAGCCGCAGGAUUGUUGCAAUCGGUUUUCAAAGACAGGCGACUACUGCUCAUUUUGGACGAUGUGCGGAAAACGAUUGAUGUUUCCAAUUUGGGGAUUUCUCUUUCUGAGAAUACCACAAAAAUCGUACUUACCUCCACAGACAAAGAGAUGUGCAGUAGCAUGAGAGCAGACAAGAUGAUCGCAAUGAAGCAUCUAACGGAGGAAGAAGGUUGGGAGCUUUUCUGCAGAGGAGCCUUCGUAGCUGGUGAGGAUCAGAAUAUGGAUAGCGAAAUAGAGCAGUUGGCCAGAAGCGUUGCAGAGGAGUGUAAAGGGCAUCCCCUGGCCAUUAAAACGCUUGCUCGGACAAUGCCGCAGCUUCACAGCAGUGCCCCGUCGGAAUGGGAAUGCAUUCUCAAGGACCUAAAGGCGAUUGAUUCCCAGUAUUAUCGCAUUGAUGAAGAAAUUCUGAAGGAAUUAUUCGCGCCGCUGAAGCACAGCUACGAUGCCCUGGAAACAGAGGAGCUCAGGCUUUGUUUCCUGUACUUGGCAGCUUAUAGAGAAGACGAGGAAAUCGACGCUGAUCAAUUGAUACAAUUGUGGUUGGCAGAGGGCCUAGUGAAAAGCAGAUUUGAAGGACGCUACGUUUUUCUCAAGAUCUUGGUGGACCGAUGUUUGGUCGACAUUGAAGUUAAAGAGGAGAACGGGCUUGAUAUUUGGAAAGUGAAAAUCCAUGAUUUGCUUAGAGAUAUGGCGAUGCACGUCGCUGAGAUCGACCAGAAUAGCUUAUUCUGUGCAGGUCAGAGUUUGGAACAGUUUCCAUACUCUGCAUUUGCAAGUCCACAAUGGGUGAGGAUAUCAUUGAUGCAUAACCGUAUCAGUUUUCUCCCUGGCGAAUUUUAUUGCAGGAAGCUGGUGACUCUGUUGUUGAACUCCAAUACGAUUCAAGAGGUUCCGGAGGGCUUUCCGGAGAAGCUCAAAAAGUUAAAGGUACUUGAUCUCAGUAACACGCCCAUCAAAUUCUUGCCAAAGUCCAUCCAGUAUUUGAAUUAUCUCCUGUAUCUCCAGCUUUCCAAUACCCAGAUUAGGGUACUCCAUGAUCAAACAUUUAGGCAAGUAGAGUGCAGUUUUUAG